UUUGUACAACCAACAAAAAAUUAUUAAAAAUGGCUACAAAGUUACCGGUGGCUUCAGGAUUAUAUAAUUAUGCAAGACUUGCAGCAAAUACAACAAAUUACUCCAAGAGAAUGAAUCGUCUGAGUAAUCGCAUAUUUGGUGAAGUUGUUCGUCCUACUCCCCAACCUAGUUUAUUAAUUGUUUAUAUGUUCAGUGAAAAACCGUUGGAUUUACGACCAGAAAUAACCGAUUACUAUCCCCGACACAAAGAAACCUAUAUUCUUAUGUCCCAUCUUCGAAAGUAUGGGUUAUUCAGAGAUGAACAUCAAGAUUUUAAAGAAGAAAUGAAGAGGCAGCGGGCAUUACGUGGUAAAGGAAAGCCUAAAAAAGGAGAGGGAAAGAGAGCGAAGAAAUAGUUAACUUCUGUGACAACUGAUGCAAGUAGCACCAAGAAUGUAAAUGUUAGUAAAUACUGGUAACAAGUAUUUGUAUUGACAUUCAUCCUCUGAGUGAAAAAAUUCAUUAAAUUCCAUAAUUUAUGCAGUUCAAUGAGAAUACGUACAGUCAACAUUAUAGUGCAUCCUUGACAUACGGCAGUCCGAUCCUAGGGUGCUUUUUCAGCGCUGUUAAUGACAUUUUACAAUGCUGUAACUUGAUGCAACAUCAAGUUAAGGCGAAGUAAGCACCGAUAACUGAGAAAAACAGACUUAUUGCGGAAAUCAACAUACAGCGCAGCACUGGAAUGGAUCCCCUGCCGUAAGUUGAGGGCGCACUAUAUAGUUCUGAGUUAAUACUGAUGUAAUUUUGAAUUUUUUCUUGCAGAAAUACAACCAUUGCCUUUUAAAUAGGUGUAUCUGUCAGUGUGAGCUGGUACAGUCAUUGAACUUUGCAAUAAUGUACAGUAGUUAAUUGUUGGUUAACUGGCAAGUGGGAGAAUUGCAACAAUGUACAGCAGUUAACUGUUAGUUAAUUGGCAAGUGGGAGAAUACUCCUCACUCACUUUCUGUCACUAGCCAAGCGCCUCAGUGGAGUGGUUGGUAUGGUGUUUGCGUCCCACCUCGGUGGUCGCGGGUUCGAUUCUCGGCCAUUCCAUUGAGGAGUGAGAGAUGUGUAUUUCUGGUGAUAGAAGUUCACUCUCGACGUGGUUCGGAAGUCACGUAAAGCCGUUGGUCCCGUUGCUGAAUAACCAAUGGUUCCAUGCAACGUAAAAACACCAUACAAACAAACAAACAAAACUUUCUGUCACUAACCACUUUUUCUUCAGCCAUCGUCAUAUGAGGAUAUAUCUUUGCACUUCUUGACUGUCAAGUUGAACUAGUAUUGUCUUGUUUGAGUUUUUUUUUUAUUUUUAGAAGAAUCCCCACAUUUGAUAUACAACUUCCUUUCAGUUUCAGGAGAUUUUGUCGUGUUGCUAUUGUAGAGGAGAUUUUUUCUACUGUUGGGAGUUCAACAUUCUGUGGAAUCUACUGUUGAUGCAACUCUUACAUCACCUGCUGCUAAAUAACUAGGAGUUAAAUGUUGUCGAGAGUCUUAAGUCUGAUAGCAGUACUCCUUCCAAGGACUACUGCAACCUUUUUGACCUCUUUGACGGUGUGAGCUAGAUCUGAGUGAGGAGGGCAAGACCUAUUCUUCCACCACCACCUCGUUGUCAUCAAACUUGCUCCCUGCUACAUCUUUCCCUUUCCCAUCUUCUUCUUAGGAGGAAAAGAAGUGUUAGUCUAGGGCAUCUUGCAAGAAGUAUUGUUGGAUUUCAUGUGAAUGCCCUCCCCAUCCUCAAGGGAGGCAGAGGGUCUCAGUCACCUAAACAUGACAGGGCAGGUAUGGGUAACACCCCAUACCCAUAACCCUUCCCUACAUAAUCCAAAGGUAUCACCACCAUACAGGAGUCUGCUCAUCUUCCUUGCUUUGCAAGUGCUUGGCCCCAGGAUGACCUUCCUCCUUCGGCCUCUGAGGAAACACAAAGGGAGAAGGGAGGGUAGGAGGGGUUAUAUGCAACCCAUUAGUUUGAUGCAUUCAAGGUGCUCCUACCAUACAUGCUCAUAAAAUGGGGUAGGCUUCCCCACCCUUUGCCCCCCUUGCGCCUCAGUGGCGUGGCUAGUUUGGUGUUUCCCUCUCACCUCGGUGGUCGCGGGUUUGAUUCUCGGCCAUUCCAUUGAGGAGUGAGAGAUGUGUAUUUCUGGUGAUAGAAGUUCCCUCUCGACGUGGUUCAGAAGUCAUGUAAAGCCGUUAGUCCCGUUGCUGAAUAACCACUGGUUCCAUGCAACGUAAAAACACCAUACAAACAAGCAAACCCCCUUGGGGCCACAAAGGAUAGAGCCACUGUAUCUUCUAGCUCUUCAGUGUGCCCAUUACAGAGAUCUACCUUGAGCUCUUCCUCCUGUCUCUCUUUGGAGACACACCUGACAGAACCUGUGCAACAUCAGUGACCUUGACAGUGGACACACACCUAAGAUACUGUGCCUUAUCAGGCUGGUCUGGUUGUAUAAUCCUACACAGAUCUGUGUUUAAGGUAACUCUUCCUGCUCUGCUUCUCUGAAGUACACCUGAUUGAGACAACCCUGCCCAUCUACUAGGCAUGCAAUCAAUCAUUGGAUUGUGUGUAUCAAUGGUGGGCAGGUAGAGGACAUAUCCCUUACAAGAUACACCUGCUCAGGGAUUGUGUAGCAGAGUGAGCAUGCAUCUGUUCAACUGUAGAAUCCUGGAAACGAUUACACAAGCAUGAGAAAGCCUAUGGAUGGGUGAACUUCAAUUUUGGAGAAUGCUCCCAAGUGUUGGGAGAGUGUGAUGGCAUUCCACUUCUCUUCACACACAGAUAUCAACUCUUCUCCUUGACUUUUUAGGCUUUAAGUAGAGUCAAUGCUGGUCCCUUGCCUCUGUAGGCUUGGAAUAGUCAGUGCUGCCACUUCCUUUCAGUGUGCUUGGAAUCUAGUCAGUGCUGCCACCUCCUUCCACUGUGCAUCCAGCUGGAUUGAAUGGAGUAGGGAUGCUAGUGAUGUGUGACAGACCUUUUGCAGUAGUGGGAGGAUCUGUUCAUAUGCCAUCAUAAUACACUCAGACCCACUAGUAGUGACUACAGACAACUUGGGUGAUCUUUUACAUGGUAGCACCUUUUCUGGAUGCUUCAAGCCUCCAUGGAAAAUUAUGUAGUCUUUUCAAAAUCCCUACCCUUGUCAGCAGGGUUAAUAGCAAUACAGGUAAUGCAGAAAGGCACUAGAAGUUACUGAGGACUAGCCUACAGUGUUGAUUUUAUAGUUGCCUCUAUCUAGAGGUGAGGGGAAACUGGGUCUGGUGACCUUAGGGCUGUCAGUUUGGAAACAUGGUUUUGAACUGAAGGCAGCUGCACAGGUAGCUACAAAGGUUUUCACCCAUAUGUUGUUGUGGGCUUAUAUGCUAGGCUGACACUAAUUAGUACCUGGGUAUGCUCAUAAGAAUGGCAAACUCAGGUAGGUAUCACCCUUAUGUUGUUGAGGGCUUAUAUGCUAGGUUGACACUAACUAGUACCUAGGUAUGCUCAUAAGAAUGGCAAACUCAGGUAGGUAUCACCCAUAUGUUGUUGAGGACUUAUAUUCUAGGUUGACACUAACUAGUACUUGGGUAUGCUCAUAAGAAUGGCAAACAGGUAGGAAUUAGUGAUGAUUCUUGUCCUGGUAGGGACUAACAGAUUGGCUUUGGCAGAUUGUCUUUGGCCACCUGUCAUCUUGUAGGAAAUAGUUUUUCUCAAGGACAGAUUCCUGCUCCUACUUCAGUGAUGCCAAGGCAGUACUGUCAACUGCACAUGAAAGCCAGUCUCUUCUGGUGCCAAGAUCACAGAGGUGCUGGUGAAGUUGGGGUUCACAGAUUCACUGAACUCUAUCCUGAAAUAAAUCAGUUGACAGAUACAAUUUCAAUGACUGACCUAGCUACAGCUGGAGGAUACUCCUAUAUAAAGGCACUGGUUUGUAGUCCUAGGAAAAAUACAAAUUGCUUUAAAAAAUUUGUUUUGUAACAAAUUACUAAAAUUUUAGCUUUAUACUGCAUGACACCUCAUUUGCAAUUUGCUUUACAGUUUUAUACUGUACUACACCUUAAUUUUAAUAAGAGGUUGAUAAAUGAAAUAUAUCUACAUUAUGUACAGGAUUUAAAUAUAUAUACAAAAUACA